GCCAUCGUGUGUUUUCAAAGUGCUAAGAUAAUCACAGCUACUAGCUCCAAGUCACUGGGUUGACAUUUCCGGUUCUGGUCGUUCUUCUACGGGUUUGUGUUGACUCCGCAUCCGUUGCGCUUGACUGCCAUCUGCUGGAAUUAUCUGUAACAGCAGCCUGUGUCGCACAUCUUCAAUUUAUACGGCCGUGUUGAAUAUUGCAUUUUAAUGGGCAGAAUUGUACAGAAACCGAUUUAUAAAAGUUACUUCUUGAUUUGAAAAUAUCAACUUCGUCACGUCAUCAUGACCAAUGGUGACGUCAGUGUUGUUGACGCGUUGUGACUUUGCAGGGGGAAAGAUUACAAAUGCGAAGAGCUAACCCUUGUAACUCAGUCCUGAGCGGCCAUGUUUUAAAAGGCGUGCAUGGGUGACGCUCAAAAACGAGCUGGCGGGGUAAAAAUGACAAAUUCGAGUUGGCGUUUGUUUUCGGGAACGUAGCUGAAUUUCUGUAUAUACAAAUUUAGAAUUAUUAAAUAGUUGUGUAAAGCACAAUGAACGGACCUGCCGACUCUCUCCUGAAAUAUGAUUCCCCGAUUUUAAUUCCCAAAAGCGCAGAUAAAAAAACAGCAAAGGGCCGUCCUCCGAAAGCCCCCCCGAAGUCACAACCUCACAGAGCCAGUCCUCGCAAAUCCAUUGCAGCCACCCUUAAAGACAUCAAGCAGAAAAAUGAAGACAUCGUUACCUACAUGUUUCCACCCAGAAAAUGGAUGGAGGGAAACCAAGAGUGGCUGCAAAGAGUGUGCACCUCGCCGUCUACUCGAGUGGAUGUGGUGAACCUCGAGGAGGAACUGGACAGGAAGUUGUCUCAGCUGCGUGCCAUGGAGACAGGCAUCUGUCCUGCCAGACGAGAGUUAUACACCCAGUGCUUCGAAGAGCUGAUCAGACAAGUGGCCCUCAUUUGUGCCGAGAGGGGUAUCUUGUUGUUGCGAGUUAGAGAUGAGCUCCAAAUGACCAUUGCUGCAUAUCAGAAGUUCUAUGAAAGCAGUAUGGUCUUUGGGAUGAGGAAGGCUCUUUAUGACGAACAGGAGAAGGCGGCCCUGAAGGAAAAGAUUUCCGAUCUGGAGAAUAUAAAAGAGGAGCUGGUAGAACAACUUGAUCAUCAAAAAGUUAAAUGUGUGGAAAUGAAAAAAACGGCAGAAGAAAAAAAACAAGCACAGGAAACCAAGCACACGGAGCAGAUUCAGCACCUAAGAAAAAACAACCAGCAGCUCAAGAUCCAGCUGGAAGGAGCUCUCAUAGCAAGGAAGUGACUUCAGCAAAAUCUUGAAAAUGGUUUGCAAGAUUCAUAUCAACUGUUUUUAGAGCCCCAUGAAGUUUUUAGCAAGAUCCUGAGAAACUUUGCAAACUCCCGAGAAAGUCUCGUAAAAUCCUGGGAAAGUUUUGCGAGAUCUGAAGAAAGUUUAGUAAAAUCCUGAGAAAUAUUACACAGAUCCCAAGGAAGUUUUGGGAAAUCCUGAGAAGAUCCCAAGAAAUUUUUGAAAAAUUAUAAGAAACCUUUGAGAGAUUGUGCAAAUUCUUGGGAAACUUUUGAUAGAUCCCAAGAAAGUUUUGUUGAAAUCAUAACCAACUUUUGCAAGAUCCCAUGAAAGUUUUUCAAAAUCUUGAGAAACGUUUGUUUGAGCCACAGAAUAUUUAGCAAAAUCCAGAGAAAAUCUUGCAAGAUCCUGGGAAACCUUUGCUAUCCUGAGAAACAUUUUGGAGAUCCCAGGGAAUUUUUGUGAAAUCUCGAGAAACAUUUGCUAGAUCCCAAUCAAGUUUUACAAAAUCCUGAAAAAGUUUUGCAAGAUUCUGAGAAACGUUUGUGAGAUCCAGAAAGUUUUGGCAAGAUCCUGAGAAAAUUUUGCAAGAUCCCAAGAAAUUUUUGAAAAAUUAUAAGAAACCUUUGAGAGAUCCCAAGAAGGUUGUGCAAAAUCUUGGGAAACCUGAGAAAUCCCAAGAAAGUUUUGUGAAAUCAUAACCAACUUUUGCAAGAUCCCAUGAAAGUUUUUCAAAAUCCUGAGAACCGUUUGUUAGAGCCACAGAAUAUUUUGCAAAAUCCUGAGAAAAUCUUGCAAUAUCCUGGGAAAUCCUGGAAACCUUUGCCAUCCUGCGAAACAUUUUGGAGAUCCCGAGGAAUUUUUGUGAAAUCUUGAGAAACAUUUGCAAGUUUUACAAAAUCCUGAGAAAGUUUUGCAAGAUUCUGAGAAACGUUUGUGAGAUCCAGAAAGUUUAGCAAAAUCUUGAAAAUGGUUUGCUAGGAUCCAGAUAAACUUUUUUAGAGUCCCAUUAACUUUUGGCAAGAUCCUGAGAAACUUUGAAAGCUCACAAGAAAGUUUUGCAAAAUCCUGAGUAACCUUUGCAGGAACUCACAAAAGGUCAAAAGGUUUGUCAAAUCUUCAAAAAGGUUUUGCGAGAUCCUGAGAAACUUAUGUUAGAGCCCCAGAUUGUUUUAUGAGAUCCCAAGAAAAGUGUUGCAAAAUCCUAAGAAACAUCCCAAGGUCGCAAGAAAAUUUUGUGAAAUCCUGAGAAACAUUUGUAAGAAUCCCAGAAAUGUUUGUGAAAUCCUGGUAAAGUUUUGCAAGAUCCUGAGAAACUUUUGUUUGAGCCCCGGAAUGUUUUUCAAGACCAUUUAUUUCUGGUCCAUCCGGGUCAAGUCAGUGUUUUGUAACGAUGGCGGACAAGCACCCACGGGAGAGCUUUGGAGAAUUUUAAUUAGAGAUCAGGCUAAACUUUAAAAACAUGUUGUGUUGUUUACAUGGAACCAAUCUCAGAACCGUACACAGAUACACUACAGUGUCGUAUUAAAAAACAAUACAAAUAAAACAAGGUAAACAAUGGAAAAUAGAUGUUAAAUCUCAACAUAAAAUUGGCUACAAAAUACUGACUGAUCCAGAAAUACAGACUUCAAAAUGUUCCCAGAUAUGGCAUUAUAUUUUUAUUUAUCAUUUUUUUCCCCACUAUGUUUGACCGUGUACAUAUUUAAAUACAUUGAUCAUGUUUUUGCUUUUGUAUUUCCUUUUGCUAAAGUACCGAUUGUUGUUGCAUUGUUAUCUGUAAGGUGUCCUAAAAGGCGCCUAUAAAUAAAUAAAUAUAUUCUUAGUGUUGUUAGUAUAAUACAACAUAUUAAUUCAGUGAAAACAGGAGUCAAUCAAUAGCAAGUUUUAAUACAGUAAUACAUCCAGGGAGGUUCACUUUGGACAAAAAGUCAAAAACACAGAAACGUAACCAGUUCCAAAAGUCCCCAUCUGAUGGUCUAAACUAGUGAUUCUCAACUGGUUUGACUGCAUGACCCAACAUCACAGCUCAACGACCUUGAAUUCUCACACAUCCAUCCAUGGUGCACACAUGGCGUAAUAAGCAAAAAAAACGUGAGGUGCAUUCAAGGACAUCAGGUCAUUAAUUACAUUUUUUUUUUUUUUGCACAGGCGUAGACAUGCAACACUGAAAACGGCUGCGUGACCCACUUUUGGGUGCCGACCCACCAUUGAGAAUCAUUAGUCUAAACCAGGGGUCGGCAACCUUUACUAUCAAAAGAGCCAUUUUACCCCCUCGCUCACUGAAGAAAAAUAGAAUGGAGCCGCGAAACAUAAUUUAACAGCAGAAUAUAGGGGCUGCAUAGCGGUCGAGUGAUUAGCGCGCAGACCUCACAGCUAGGAGACCCGAGUUCAAUCCCACCCUCGGCUAUCUCUGUGUGGAGUUUGCAUGUUCUCCCCGUGCAAGAAAUGUGUAGCAACAUGCUCACAUCCAGAGCAAAUUGCGAGUCUCCCAAGAUUUUGAUUGACUGCCAGAUUUGGAGGGAAUUUUGGGGUAUCAAAGUAGUUCAGAGGAGAAAAAGCGGAGUUGAUCAAGUACUCUUGCUAGUAUACGGUCUCACAGAAAGUCCCAUUUUUUUCAAAAGUAAUUACAAAGAUGCAUAUUUUCCUCAUUUGGGUGUUAAAACAAAUAUUUGAGCAUUGCAAAGGGAGCCACAACAAAGAGGCUGAAGAGCCACAUGCGGCUCUGGAGCCGUAGGUUGCUGACCCCUGGUCUAAACAGUAGCUCCCAUUGUCCGCAUGAUUGCAAAAUACACGUUUUCCAAUGCGGCAAUCGGUCCUGGAACAUUUAUAUCGAUGUUUUUAGCUCCACAUGCUUAGUGACAUCACACAGCGAGUUGAGCUUGAAGAACACAAAGUAAUACAAAUCAUAGAUUGUGGUUAAAACGCAGAAUCUGAAUUGCAACACUGAUGCACAGAACUGUAAAGUAAACGCAAGCUGAUCAUAUUUGCCGGCACGUGAGAAACAGGAAGUCCUGCUGACAAAACACAUUCAGUCAUUUUCCCUUUCACAUUCUGUGCAAAUCCCACUUUUGGGAAAACUUGCGUACCAUUCAUUAUAAACAGAACAUAUAAUAUCGGUAAAUGCAAUUCCACUGUGGCUCAAUCUAUCCCCGGCAUGACAACCAGUGUGCUUACUGCAUAAUAAAUUAAUAAAUACAACCGCUUUCACAAAUAUACAAAAUAUAACGGCAGAUAAAAAUAUCCUACCACGCUGCAUUAAACCCCUAAAAUAAUAAAACGUGUAUAAAUGCUAGGGAUUAGGUUUAAUAGGAGACAAUAAGAGACGUUGCCAUCAAAAAGACAAAACGGACAUGACAAGGCCAAAAGGUUAAAAAAGGUCACAAGGCAGAAGAAGGCUUGUAAUUCAGAGACAAAAUGGCUACUUCUGUACAACACCGCGUCAUUACAUACUUUUGGUACUAGAUUAGAUACGUGAAACGGGUCUUCUGCAGAGAACCCAAAGAAAGAAACGAGCUCAAAUCUGUAGAACAUGGGUUAGUGCAGGGGUGGGCAAACUACGGCCCGGGGGCCACAUCCGGCCCGCCAAGUGUUUGAAUACGGCCCGCCCAAUCUUUCAAAAGUAUUUAAUUUAAACUCAACAUACAUACUA